CUGGAAGAGGAGGAGGCAAGAACACGGGUAAUCGUAGCAUUCCACCUCGUAGCAUUGCGCCUGGAAGACUUCAAACUAUUAAUCAACUAGCUCGAUUCAACUUGUGUAACAAGCAGGAUGGAGCUCGCAUAGUUGAAAAAGGAGUGAAGACAAAGUCUACGGUUGCUGUUCCAAAUAAGCACAAUGGUCAUCCACUGGGUGAAGUUGAUAGAGAUGUUGUUGACAUUGUUUGCAGAAUUACCUAAUUAUAUAGAUUUGGAUCGACAACGAGCAAUGUCUACUGUGGUGAACAAGGAAACGGAGUGUCCAAAUCUUAUUCACGAUCAUGUAGAUCAUACAAGCCAUGAUUCGCUUAAUGUUGAAGAUGUUGAAACAAAUGAUUGUGAAUCCCAAGGUUUUGUUGCUUCAAUAGGUCAAAUGGCCAAGAGAAAGAGAACAAGUAAGUUAGCUGCUAGAGUUGCUACAGCCUUGCAAGUGAAUGAAGCAGCAAAUCCAAAGCUGGCGGAGGAAAACUUGAAUCAAGAAGAAGAGCAACAAGGAAACGAAGCCUCGACUCAUUCAGAUGUACUAGGGUGCAAUACAGAAACUCAAGCUACAAGCCAGACAAGGGGAAGAGGUAAUAGAGGGAAGUAUAAGAGUUACGUCGUUGAUAUGAAAAUUAAAGGGAAAGGUUCAAAACUAACUAUUGAGAUUCCGGAUGAAAUUGAUCGAGCAAUUGGAGAAAAUGCAAGACACUUGGUGAACGAGUGUGGGCGUAUUGUGAGGACAAAAGCUCCGUUGGAUGUUAAAAGCUGGCAAGAAGCAUUUUCAAUUGCUGGUGAAAGCAUGUGGAAAGAGAUACAGGACAAGUUUCAAAUUGUCGACUCAAGUCAGGAGUUGAAGAUGUAUGCUUUUGUUGUAGAUACCAUGCAACGCCUGUAUAGGUUGUGGAAAUGUCGGUUGCACUACUACUAUAAAAGUCCCAAAUGUGGAAAAACCGAUGAUGAACGCUUAAAAAAUCCGCCUCCUGACUUACCCCUUAACCAAUGGAAGUACUGUGUAAAUCAUUAUGCAUCACCAGAAUUUAAGCUGGUAAGCACAAGGAAUUCCAAAAAUCGUCGGUCUGCCAAGAGAUGUAAGCAUACAACUGGAAAUUUAGCAUUUGUUGAAGUGGAGGAUAUAUUGAUAAAGGAGAACAAAAAUGUGAAGCCUUCUGCAGAUGUGAUAUGGCUAAUUGAGCACACACAUUACAAUAAUAAAGGCGAACUAGAAUGGGCAGGUGACACACGUUCUAAAGAAAUUCAUGAUAAACUAAAAGAUGUUGUUGCUACUGUUGGAGAUUCUAUGACACAAGAAGAGAUACUAAUUCAAGUUUUGGAGCCAAGGUCAGGAUACAUUCGUGGAAAAGGAACUGCUUUACGCAGUUAUUCUAGAGGAAAACAACAAUUGGAGCAAAGAAAACUUGUCCAAAAACAACAAGAGAAAAUACAAGAACAAGAACAUAGGAUCAAGGAGCUGGAAGAUAGCCAACGAAGGCAACAACAAGAGCUUGAAGAAUACAAAGCACAACAACAGGAAGCUAUGGAGGCUUUUAAACAAGACCUAUUGCAGCAGCUCGCAAAUAUAUGAAUCUAGUAAAGAACUACCAGAUUUGCAAUUAUAUUCUCACCCAGGGAUGUGCUUUCUCUUCAAAUUUCAAGGUCCUCGUGACAUGGAUUUUUGCUUAUGAAUGUCUACGAUGUAGUUUUUUGGAGCCUCCCAACAACAAUUGUUAUGAAUUUUUGGGUAUGAUAUGGAAUGUGUAUUUUUGGAUGUUGAAUGUCCUGGGUUAUAUUUUUGGAUGUGGAAGGGCAUUGGCUGUAUUUAUGGAUAUGGAAUGUCGUUAGCAGUUUUUUGGAUAUUGAAGGUCCGAUGUAUUUUGGAUAUUAAAGGCCCUUGGUGAAGCUAUGCCAUUUUUUUUGGUCAUGCUUGCACCUAUGAUGUAUUAAACAUGUUUUUAAAUUUAUAUAUAAUUGGAUGAUAUAUUAUAAUUA